GGGGAGCGCUCCGCCGGGAUGGGAUGUGGCGCCUUUUUCCGCUCGCCCUCGCGCCCCCCUCCCCGCCCCCCCGCCCCGCGCAGCUAAAUUCCUGCGGAGGGGCGAGCUGGCAGGCCGGCUCCUCCCACUCUGGGCAGCGGGGUCCCGUCUCCCCUCCCCCACUAUUUGGCAGCGUCUGGGGGUCUGGGGCAGCUUCGUUCAUUCACCAGGGGGAGUUGGGUUUCCGGGAAGGGUCGGAAGCUCCUCCCUCGCUUCCUGGUGGGUAAUGGGGUGGUGCCUUUGACUCCGGGGGUGGAAAAGCGACCCCACAUUCAAGGACGCCAAUGGCAUGUUGAGCUUUCCCAAUCUAAACCAGGUGCGUGGAGGGAAGCAAGUGCUUACUCCCAGCUUGAACCCUGAGCAGCGGUUCUCUAACUUUAGUGUCCUGUGGGCGACACCUGGGAGGCGGUUAGGAACGCUCCUCCUAGGGCCCUUCGUAAGACCUGCUGAGCCUCAGGGUCUGGGAUAGAGCCUGGGAAUCUGCGCUUUCAGCAGCUUCCCAGGUGAUUCAAACACAGUGGCUCACGGACCCCACUUUGAGAAAGGCUGACUGGGGUGCUUGCCUUCAGAAGCUGGACUGGAAAUUGGUAUUUUGAGGAGAACUGAAUCCACUUUGCAAAGAAUGUAUAUUGGACAAAGACAAAGUGUCUCUGUUGGGAGACGUUGUUCACUGAGGAUUUAGCAAGGGAGAGCGUAAUUUGAGUGUUUGAAGCCGUCUCGUUCAACUGAUGGGGGUUGUGAAUUUUGUGUUCAGAGCGUCAGAGGACUUGCAGGUGAAAUAGCUUCCUUUUGGAUUACUCCCACAAAGCUCAGACACUUUGAGACAUAUUCGGGUAAUUAUCUGCUGAUACCAGUAGUAACAGGUUAUACUAAGAUGUCAGUUCCUAAGAUCUGUCACACAGCGAGGUUGUGGUGCGGAUAGCAUAAGUGUCUCUUGACACUGUAGUUUAUAUGUAAUGGUUGUAAUUCAGUUUUAAUGAUGAGUGAAGCUCAGACUUAAUUUUCUCUCUUAUUUUGAAAUGAGUUUUCUGCUUCAAAGGUGUUGUGCAAAAAAAAAAAAAAAGAUUGUAUGGGGGGGUUGACACAAACCUGAAGUACACCUUUUUCUUUCUCGAAGUCUGUAAAAGUUACGGAUUUAUAAAAACUGAAGGAAUUUGGCCUACAGAAUUUUCAUUGGUGCUUGCUAUCCUCUUCCCUAGUCAUUUGUUGCCCAGGGAACAAAAAUAGCAAUUGUUUGUAUGCCGAAGUUUUGUGCUUCAGUUUAUUUUGGCCUGACAUGUGAAGUUUGAAGAUUUUGAGGUUCCGAAAUAUUUUUUUUCUGAUUCAGUCAAAAUUGGAAGCUUGGGCUAGUUUUCAGGAUCUUGUAGAAAUUUCAAGAUUUCUCUAACGGUUCUUCACCUGGAAACAAAUAUAGGCCUGAUGGGGAGUGGGAGAGAGCUCUCGUUCUCCUCCUCGACGAUGAGUUUUGUGUGUUCAUUGACAUUCUCCUUGGCGUUCCUGUUAUGCGGGUGUUUAUGACCCUGGGCACCCAAGGAAAUUUGCUUGCCAGAGUUUUACUUGUUAGAGGUAGGUGAAAGUACCUUUAAGUCUUGUGUUAUUUAUGUCUUGACAGAAUUAUGAAAUCUGUUUGUCUCAAAGUUCUGUUGGCUCUUACUAGUUGACUUUAGGAAUUUGGGGUCCACUGUUAAGUCUCUUUAGAUUCUCGAAUUUACUGUGGUCUGAACUUCAACAUCGAGGUUGCUAUUUCUGUUUUAUCAUUGACUCAACUUCAAGCCAGGUUAUCAGGGUAUUAGAAAACUACUCGGAUGCUCCGAUGACACCAAAACAGAUUCUGCAGGUCAUAGAGGCAGAAGGACUAAAGGAAAUGAGUGGGACUUCCCCUCUCGCAUGCCUCAAUGCUAUGCUACAUUCCAAUUCAAGAGGAGGAGAGGGGUUGUUUUAUAAACUGCCUGGCCGAAUCAGCCUUUUCACACUCAAGAGACAGGAUCUCACUCUGUUGCCCAGGCUGAUUUCAAACUCCUGGCCUCAAGGAAUCCUCCCACCUAUGCCUCUCAAAGUGCUGGGAUUACAGAAGGAUGCCCUGCAGUGGUCUCGCCAUCCAGCUACAGUGGAGGGAGAGGAGCCAGAGGACACGGCCGAUGUGGAGAGCUGUGGGUCUAAUGAAGCCAGCACUGUGAGUGGUGAAAACGAUGUAUCUCUUGAUGAAACAUCUUCGAACGCAUCCUGUUCUACAGAAUCCCAGAGUCGACCUCUUUCCAAUCCCAGGGACAGCUACAGAGCUUCCUCACAGGUGAACAAACAAAAGAAAAAGACUGGGGUGAUGCUGCCUCGAGUUGUCCUGACUCCUCUGAAGGUAAACGGGGCCCACGUGGAAUCUGCAUCAGGGUUCUCGGGCUGCCACGCCGAUGGCGAGAGCGGCAGCCCGUCCAGCAGCAGCAGCGGCUCUCUGGCCCUGGGCAGCGCUGCUAUUCGUGGCCAGGCCGAGGUCACCCAGGACCCUGCCCCGCUCCUGAGAGGCUUCCGGAAGCCAGCCACAGGUCAAAUGAAGCGCAACAGAGGGGAAGAAAUAGAUUUUGAGACACCUGGGUCCAUUCUCGUCAACACCAACCUGCGUGCCCUGAUCAACUCUCGGACCUUCCAUGCCUUACCAUCACACUUCCAGCAGCAGCUCCUCUUCCUCCUGCCUGAAGUAGACAGACAGGUGGGGACGGAUGGCCUGUUGCGUCUCAGCAGCAGUGCACUAAAUAACGAGUUUUUUACCCAUGCGGCUCAGAGCUGGCGGGAGCGCCUGGCUGAUGGCGAAUUUACUCAUGAGAUGCAAGUCAGGAUACGACAGGAAAUGGAGAAGGAAAAGAAGGUGGAACAAUGGAAAGAAAAGUUCUUUGAAGACUACUAUGGACAGAAGCUGGGUUUGACCAAAGAAGAGUCAUUGCAGCAGAACGUGGGCCAGGAGGAGGCUGAAAUCAAAAGUGGCUUGUGUGUCCCAGGAGAAUCAGUGCGUAUACAGCGUGGUCCAGCCACCCGACAGCGAGAUGGGCAUUUUAAGAAACGCUCUCGGCCAGAUCUCCGAACCAGAGCCAGAAGGAAUCUGUACAAAAAACAGGAGUCAGAACAAGCAGGGGUUGCUAAGGAUGCAAAAUCUGUGGCCUCAGAUGUUCCCGUCUACAAGGAUGGGGAGGCUAAGACUGACCCAGCAGGGCUGAGCAGUCCCCAUCUGCCAGGCACAUCCUCUGCAGCACCCGACCUGGAGGGUCCCGAAUUCCCAGUUGAGUCUGUGGCUUCUCGGAUCCAGGCUGAGCCAGACAACUUGGCACGUGCCUCUGCAUCUCCAGACAGAAUUCCUAGCCUGCCUCAGGAAACUGUGGAUCAGGAACCCAAGGAUCAGAAGAGGAAAUCCUUUGAGCAGGCGGCCUCUGCAUCCUUUCCCGAAAAGAAGCCCCGGCUUGAAGAUCGUCAGUCCUUUCGUAACACAAUUGAAAGUGUUCACACCGAAAAGCCACAGCCCACUAAAGAGGAGCCCAAAGUCCCGCCCAUCCGGAUUCAACUUUCACGUAUCAAACCACCCUGGGUGGUUAAAGGUCAGCCCACUUACCAGAUAUGCCCCCGGAUCAUCCCCACCACGGAGUCCUCCUGCCGGGGUUGGACUGGCGCCAGGACCCUCGCAGACAUUAAAGCCCGUGCUCUGCAGGUCCGAGGGGCGAGAGGUCACCACUGCCAUAGAGAGGCGGCCACCACUGCCAUCGGAGGGGGGGGUGGCCCGGGUGGAGGUGGCGGCGGGGCCACCGAUGAGGGAGGUGGCAGAGGCAGCAGCAGUGGUGAUGGUGGUGAGGCCUGUGGCCACCCUGAGCCCAGGGGAGGCCCGAGCACCCCUGGAAAGUGUACGUCAGAUCUACAGCGAACACAACUACUGCCGCCUUAUCCUCUAAAUGGGGAGCAUACCCAGGCCGGAACUGCCAUGUCCAGAGCUAGGAGAGAGGACCUGCCUUCUCUGAGAAAGGAGGAAAGCUGCCUACUACAGAGGGCUACAGCUGGACUCACAGAUGGGCUAGGAGAUGCCUCCCAACUCCCCGUUGCUCCCACUGGGGACCAGCCAUGCCAGGCCUUGCCCCUACUGUCCUCCCAAACCUCAGUAGCUGAGAGAUUAGUGGAGCAGCCUCAGUUGCAUCCGGAUGUUAGAACUGAAUGUGAGUCUGGCACCACUUCCUGGGAAAGUGAUGAUGAGGAGCAAGGACCCACCGUUCCUGCAGACAAUGGUCCCAUACCGUCUCUAGUGGGAGAUGAUAUAUUAGAGAAAGGAACUGGCCAAGCUCUUGACAGUCAUCCCACUAUGAAGGAUCCUGUAAAUGUGACCUCCAGUUCCACACCUGAAUCCUCACCGACUGAUUGCCUGCAGAACAGACCAUUUGAUGACGAAUUAGGGCUUGGUGGCUCAUGCCCUCCUAUGAGGGAAAGUGAUACUAGACAAGAAAACUUGAAAACCAAGGCUCUCGUUUCUAACAGUUCUGUGCAUUGGAUACCCAUCCCAUCGAAUGAUGAGGUAGUGAAACAGCCCGAACCAGAAUCCAGAGAACACGUACCAUCUGUUGAGCCCCAGGUUGGAGAGAAGUGGGAGAAAGCUGCUCCCACCCCUCCUGCAUUGCCUGGGGAUUUGACAGCUGAGGAGGGUCUAGAUCCUCUUGACAGCCUUACUUCACUCUGGACUGUGCCAUCUCGAGGAGGCAAUGACAGCAAUGGCAGUUACUGUCAACAGGUGGACAUUGAAAAGCUGAAAAUCAACGGAGACUCUGAAGCACUGAGUCCUCACAGUGAGUCCACAGAUACAGCCUCUGACUUUGAAGGUCACCUCACGGAGGACAGCAGUGAGGCUGACACUAGUGAAGCUGCAGUGACAAAGCGAUCUUCGGUGGACAAGGAUGAGAAACCCAAUUGGAACCAAUCUGCCCCACUGUCCAAGGUGAAUGGUGACAUGCGUCUGGUUACAAGGACAGAUGGGAUGGUUGCUCCUCAGAGCUGGGUGUCUCGAGUAUGUGCGGUCCGCCAAAAGAUCCCAGAUUCCCUACUGCUGGCCAAUACUGAGUACCAGCCAAGAGCCGUGUGCCUGUCCAGGCCUGGGUCCUCAGUGGAGGCCACUAACCCACUUGUGAUGCAGUUGCUGCAGGGUAGCUUGCCCCUAGAGAAGGUUCUUCCACCAGCCCACGAUGACAGCAUGUCAGAAUCCCCACAAGUACCACUUACAAAAGAGCAGAGCCAUGGCUUCCUACGCAUGGGAUCUUUACAUGGUCUUGGAAAAAACAGUGGCAUGGUUGGUGGAAGCAGCCCCAGUUCUUUAAGGGCUUUGAAGGAGCCUCUUCUACCAGAUAGCUGUGAAACAGGCACUGGUCUUGCCAGGAUUGAGGCCACCCAGGCUCCUGGAGCACCCCAAAAGAAUUGCAAGGCAGUCCCAAGUUUUGACUCCCUCCAUCCGGUGACAAAUCCCAUUACAUCCUCUAGGAAACUGGAAGAAAUGGAUUCCAAAGAGCAGUUCUCUUCCUUUAGCUGUGAAGAUCAGAAGGAAGUCCGUGCUAUGUCACAGGACAGUAAUUCAAAUGCUGCUCCAGGAAAGAGCCCAGGAGAUCUUACUACCUCGAGAACACCUCGUUUCUCAUCUCCAAAUGUGAUCUCCUUUGGUCCAGAGCAGACAGGUCGGGCCCUGGGUAAUCAGAGCAAUGUUACAGGCCAAGGGAAGAAGCUUUUUGGCUCUGGGAAUGUGGCUGCAACCCUUCAGCGCCCCAGGCCUGCGGACCCGAUGCCUCUUCCUGCUGAGAUCCCUCCAGUUUUUCCCAGUGGGAAGUUGGGACCAAGCACAAACUCCAUGUCUGGUGGGGUACAGACUCCAAGGGAAGACUGGGCUUCAAAGCCACAUGCCUUUGUUGGCAGCGUCAAGAAUGAGAAGACUUUUGUGGGGGGUCCUCUUAAGGCAAAUGCCGAGAACAGGAAAGCCACUGGGCAUAGUCCCCUGGAACUGGUGGGUCACUUGCAAGGGAUGCCCUUUGUCAUGGACUUGCCCUUCUGGAAAUUACCCCGAGAGCCAGGGAAGGGGCUCAGUGAGCCUCUGGAGCCUUCUCUCCCCUCCCAACUCAGCAUCAAGCAGGCAUUUUAUGGGAAGCUUUCUAAACUCCAACUGAGUUCCACCAGCUUUAAUUAUUCCUCUAGCUCUCCCACCUUUCCCAAAGGCCUUGCUGGAAGUGUGGUGCAGCUGAGCCACAAAGCAAACUUUGGUGCGAGCCACAGUGCAUCACUUUCCUUGCAAAUGUUCACUGACAGCAGCACGGUGGAAAGCAUCUCACUCCAGUGUGCGUGCAGCCUGAAAGCCAUGAUCAUGUGCCAAGGCUGCGGUGCGUUCUGUCACGAUGACUGUAUUGGACCCUCAAAGCUCUGUGUAUUGUGCCUUGUGGUGAGAUAAUAAAUUAUGGCCAUGGGAAACAUUGUAUAUUUAGUGUGUGUAUUUUGAUAAUGAUUGAUCUUAAAUCUGUAUACAGAAUAUCAUUGAUACAAUACUCUUUUUAGGCAGGAGCACUCUUGCCUUCCCCCAAAAUUUACACUGCUAAAGCCCUCUGUCACUUGGCGACCCUUCUGGUCUUGCUGGAGGGGUUUCCUGGGUAUAACCCAUUGGGCUGCCCAAGGCCAGCCAGCCUGAGCUCUCCUGCAAGACAGAGCCUGAUGUGGCACGGAGUGGGGUUGCGGGGGGUGGGGGGACUGCCUGACUCCCAGAGGGACUUGAAACUGAAGCAAGAAGGUUGCAUUCUCCACCAAGGGAGUUAACCUACCUGAACUAAGUAGAAAUGCCAGUCUUCCACUGCCCCCUCCCUGCCAUCUUUUCUUCUGCUACUUUGGGGAGUUGAUGGCCAGGAAAGAAGCCAGCACAGGGUUAAAGUAACUCCUGGCAUUGCCCACCAGGGGGCUGGUGCACCUGCUGACCUCAGGGUCACAGUUGAGUCAUUUGCCAGUUGACGGAGCAAGUUUGACCUUGGUUCUGUUGCUGAAGCAAAUUUGGAACUUUUCUGUCUCAGUGUGAUCCACUAACCCACAGGAUCAUUUGGAACCUUGAAUAGCUCUGCUUGGACAAUGGGGUUGGGGAUAGGGUUGUCUUUCCUAUGAAAAUGCCAUCUGUAGACCUUGUGAGUCAGCCGUCCAGACGUUUGCAGGUGAAUUCCUCUGCUUGACAUCCUCCCUGUCACUUUGGACCCUAUGGGAGUGGGCAUCUCCACGCACCUGUGUAUGUGAAAGUCAUUUUACAUUUCAAAGCAGUGUGUGUUUCUUAUUUUUAUAUUUUUAACUCUUUAUUCUUGGAUGUAUAAAGUGAACUUUUUGGCUUCUGUAAGUAUGCUCUAUGCACCUCUAAUGUUUUAUCAUGUAUUUAUAUGUUGUACACAGUACUGGCUGAUUCUGUAAAUGGAUGUAUUGUACAGAGAACAUGAACGUCUCUUCCUAAUUUUACAUCUUCAGCAUCAUUGCAUUAAAGUGGUGUAAUCUCCUUCUCUACACCUGUUGUCAGAGCCACUUAGUGCUGUGCUGCUCGACGUGAGGGUGAAAUGAUUGACUUGUGACCUGCCAGGUUGCCCGAUGCCCUGUUGGGUCACCGGCUGGACCUGCUGCAGCCUGCAGAGCCACAGUCAGCCUGCCCACACGCCACCGAGCAAACGCAUCUUGCUUUUCACAUCUCUCCUCCUACAGCCUUAAUGGCUGCUCGCUGCCAUAUGUGACAAAUCACCACCACCAGUGUUAAGUGCUUCUGGAUUCAUGGGUGAGUUCCCUGGGCAGCCCCCAGGAAGGCCUUCCAGAUCUGGCUCCAGGGUCACCACCUGUCACAGCAAUACCUGGGACCGUGCUCUCCUGGGACUGUGAGGCUCCUUUUGACGUACUUUUGACAUCAGGCAGGUUUGGGAAGAAACAAAGUCAUGCCUGCUCCUGCCUCUCUCCCAACAUGUUUCCAGCAAGUAGAUGCCCCUGUGUGUGUUUUCCCUUGCCUUGUUUCCUGCCUUAUAUCUUGUAUUUCGACUUAUUACAGAGUUGAGGGUUCUUGCUUAAUUUAGAUCAAGUAUAAAAUUUGUAUGACUUCAAGUCUCAUUUUAUCUGAAAGGUUUUUUUCUCAUUUAAUCUGAUGUGGCAUUUUCGUCAUCUGAAGCAUGAGUGACAAGUUGGGAAUGAUGUGGUGAUUUAGAAUGCAGUAUUGGCCAAGUCCAAGUUGUCAACUUAAGCGUCUGUUUACCAAAGACCGGGAACAGGGGCCCAAGCAUGUCCAGUCCUCUUCUUCCCUCUGCUGGAACCUUUGGGGACACUCAAGGGUACAGUUUGACACUGAUCUGGUCCAUGGGGCUGCCCAGAGAAAGCACUGCUUCUGUAUGUCUCUUGUGGUAUUGGAACAAUAAACCCGUACAACCUGCA